AAAACUCGCGAUAUUUUGUUGGCGGCUCUGGGGCCGUCCCUUCUGUACAGCGGAGCUGCUUCUGACAUUUGAAUGAAAAACAACUCCACAAAAGCGCAAAACGAUGGCUUCAGCUUUGGAGCAGUUCGUAAAUAAUGUGCGGCAACUCUCCGCUCAAGGUCAGAUGACCCAACUAUGUGAACUCAUCAACAAAAGUGGUGAGCUUCUGGCCAAGAAUCUCUCCCACCUGGACACUGUUCUCGGAGCAUUGGACAUCCAAGAACACUCCCUUGGUGUUUUAGCUGUUCUGUUUGUGAAGUUUUCCAUGCCAAACAUCCCUGAUUUUGAGACCUUGUUUUCCCAAGUCCAGCUCUUCAUCUGCACCUGCAAUGGAGAACACAUCCGAUAUGCGACAGACACAUUUGCCGGUCUGUGCCAUCAGUUGACAAACGCCCUUGUAGAAAGAAAACAGCCAUUGCGUGGAAUAAGUAUAAUCAAACAGGCCAUAGACAAAAUGCAGAUGAACACAAACCAGCUUACCUCAGUUCAUGCAGACCUGUGUCAGUUAUGCCUCUUAGCAAAGUGCUUCAAACCUGCAGUACCGUUUCUGGAGUUGGACAUGAUGGAUAUUUGUAAGGAGAAUGGGGCGUAUGAUGCAAAGCACUUUCUAUGUUAUUACUACUAUGGCGGCAUGAUCUACACGGGUCUUAAGAACUUUGAAAGGGCACUGUAUUUUUUUGAACAGGCAAUAACCACUCCAGCAAUGGCUGUCAGCCACAUCAUGUUAGAAGCAUACAAGAAAUACAUCCUGGUGUCACUCAUCCUUCAUGGGAAAGUACAGCAACUACCCAAAUACACAUCACAGAUCGUAGGGCGAUUUAUCAAGCCCCUCAGUAAUGCUUACCACGAGCUGGCACAGGUGUACGCCACCAAUAACCCAGCAGAGCUCCGCGGUGUGGUCAACAAACACAGCGAGACGUUUACACGGGAUAACAACACCGGCCUAGUCAAACAAUGCCUGUCAUCGGUCUAUAAGAAAAACAUUCAGAGGCUAACCAAGACAUUCUUGACGUUAUCCUUACAAGACAUGGCAAGUCGAGUUCAGCUCUCCGGCCCUCAAGAAGCUGAAAAAUACGUCUUACAUAUGAUUGAGGAUGGAGAAAUUUAUGCAAGUAUCAACCAGAAAGACGGCAUGGUCUGUUUCCACGAUAACCCUGAGAAAUACAACAACCCUGCCAUGCUCCACAAAAUUGACCAAGAGAUGAUGAAAUGUAUAGAGUUGGAUGAGAAACUAAAGUCUAUGGAUCAAGAAAUCACCGUAAACCCCCAGUUUGUUCAAAAGAGUAUGGGAACGCAAGAGGACGACGUUGGCAGCAAGACGUCAAGCUACUCUUGAGAAGAUUGGGUGGAUCGCUGCUUAGUCCCGCCUCCCUCCCUCAUCCCAAAGCUGGAAAACCUUCAUGAGAGCAAAAUCAGUUCUGUUUCAUAUGGACUAUAUUAAAGGAAAAGAUAAAUGUGUGAAAUUACCCUCUUUUGUUUUGUCACAGUGCACCCUAAACAAGAACUCAUUUUUGUCAGUGUUUUAUUUAUCAGUGCUCGGUUGAAAUGCCACUGCAUCAAUACAAAUAAAGAUAUCGGACUUUGUUCAAAUAA